UUGUUCGUACCGCUGGUCCCAUCUUGAUUUGAGAGAGGUGAGAGCAAAGCGAAACGUCCAUAUUACAGCUGCUUUGUCAGCACUUCUCAUGGUGAUGGACCCUCCUGGUGGGGGAGACGAACGGCGGAGGCAGGCAGAGCGUCUUCGACGGGAGGAGGCGUACUAUCACUUCAUUAAUGAACUGAGUGAGGAGGACUACCGUCUCAUGAGAGACAGCAACCUGCUGGGUACCCCAGGUGAGGUAACUGCAGAGGAACUGCAGCAGCGUCUGGAUGGCGCUAAAGAGCGUGUAUUGUCUCAGCCCCACACUGAACAACGCUCACAGCCUGCUGACUCUGCAGAACAGCAGAGCAGCAGCAGUGGGGGAGAGGAGAGAGGGGCUGGAGGAAGAGGAGGGACAGGGAGCACUGAACCUGGAGCAGAAUCAUCUAAUGGCGAUUCAUUACUGGAAUGGCUUAACACUUUUAGACGCACCGGUAACGCCACUCGAAGCGGGCAGAGUGGCAACCAGACGUGGCGGGCUGUUAGUCGGACCAACCCUAACAGCGGCGAGUUCCGUUUCAGCCUUGAGAUCAACAUAAACCACGACCAGCCCGAGCCCGGAGAGCAUAUCGACGGCGUGAGCUCCGCAGACACGGCAGAGCUGACUCCCCUAAACACGACUGCACCCUCCAUACGCACUGGUACCUCCCUCGCCAGCACUCGUCCUUCAGCUGCACCGAGGUCGGCCCCCUAUCCCUCCCCCCGUCCGGCCAUCAGCAGGAGGAUGGAGACACGGCGCACACGGAGCAGCACUACCAUGCUUUCUAUGAGCCCCUCCGUACCCCCUCCUCCAGAGUUGAGCUCUGCUGCUGCUCAAAGGAGGGCUACAACCUUGCACUUUUCAGCACCUUCUCCCACUGCUCCCAGUCCUCCUGUUGCUCAGAGUACACCGCCUCAGCAUCAGCACCCGAAUGAAGAGGUGGAGCACGGGCGUGACGGCACUUCUGCUCCUCAAGACUGUCCUUGGGUGUCGCCCCAGUCUGAAACUCAAGCCCCGGCUGCAGGACACGACUCCCGCAGCAGCAGGACUCGAUCACGUGGCCGUGCCCGCAGGGCUGCGACGGGGAGCGGCGUUUCAUCUCGCGUGUCAAGACGGAGUCGUUCCCCUUUACACAGAACGCCUGUUAUCAGCACCGCGCCGCCAUCCAGCAGCGUCCCCAUCGGCUUCGCCAUCCACGCCCAGCCGACCAGCGUGACCACCUCCGUGUCGAUGGAAGCCGGGGAGACGGCGUCAGAGCCCGCCUCUCUAGCAGAGACGGCCGUGGAAGCCGCGGAGCGCGAGAGGGAACCACACGCGGCGGGAGCGGGAGGCUCAGCCGUGAGGCGGCACCCGACCAUCAUGCUGGACCUGCAGGUGAGGAGAAUCCGACCCGGGGAGAACCGGGACCGGGACAGCAUCGCCAGCCGAACGCGUUCUCGUGCACGGGUCGCCGAGAACACCGUCACGUUCGAGAGCGACAGCGGUGGAUUCCGACGCACCAUCUCCCGCUUCGAGCGGGCCGGAAUCCGCACGUACGUGAGCACGAUCCGGAUCCCCCUGAGGCGGAUCAGCGAGACGGGCCUGGGAGAACCCAACUCCACGGCCCUGCGCUCCAUCUUGCGUCAGAUUAUGACUGGUUUUGGGGAGCUCAGCUCUCUAAUGGAGACGGAGGCUAAUUCUGAAACRGCUGCGCCCAGCCUCGCAGAUGUUCCCGGGACAAACGGGAACACCAGCCCGGCCACUCGUCUACAUUCAAAUGAGACCGUGCCUGGCCAGGAUGGCGCAGGCGAGGUAGUGCUGGAGAGGGAGAGGCUGGUGGGGAGCGAGGAAGAACAAAGUGGGCAGGCUGCACCCGGAGGCGGAGGUGUCGGCGCCGCUGAUGGACGGGCCAACAGCCGGGACACAAACAACUUGGUAGAAAACGGCACUCUACCCAUCCUGCGACUGGCGCACUUCUUUCUGCUCAACGACGAGGACGACGAAGAACACCCAAGGGGCCUGACCAAAGAGCAAAUCGACAAUCUGGCCACGCGUACGUACGGUCAGGCCAGCCUGGAGGGGGAAAUGGGUCGUGCGUGCAGCGUCUGCAUCAACGAAUACGCUCAAGGCAACAAGCUGCGCCGUCUGCCCUGCUCCCACGAGUUCCACAUCCACUGCAUCGACCGCUGGCUUUCUGAAAACAACACCUGCCCCAUCUGCAGGCAACCUGUGCUCUCUGUGCAUCACGACUGACUCUUCUUCAAACCAAACCGUCACGUUCACGGCCGGCUGAACUGAGCGAACCCAAGUGGGCUGGGCGUGUACAUACUGCUUUUAUGGUCUGAUUUCAUUUAAAAACAUCUGUUAUGUUGAACCAAAAGUGUGAAAGAAAUAAAACUAUAAAUUAACUAUUUUUUUAGAUGCUACGUUUUCAGCAAGUACUUUAAUUUUCCUCUUUAAUGGUUUAGUUGCCACUAUUUUCAUAAAGCUUCAAAGGUAUUUAUGUCAACAGAUAACAUUAAUGCUUAAGGAGAUUUUUGUAGCCAUUGCCGAAUAGUUUCACUUUAACAGAUUCAUGUCUGAUACAUGUGGCAUCUUUUUUCCCCCACAACUGGACUCCACAAAUCAUUCAACUCUUGGUUUUAUUGGUAUAAGCUGAAAAUAAUUCUUCACUGCUUGUAAGAUUUCUGAUUAAGAUGCUACAAACACAUCAUCUGCUCAGAGUGAAAGAAGGAAGUCUCUUUUUUUACAUUUACUAUUUUCAAGCCUCAGAUUUAUUUAAAAAUAAAGUGACUUUACAGUUUAUUAAGAGAUGUAUAAUAAGCUAGGUAUUUACUUUGGAAAUGAGUUAUAUUAUAUACAUUUACUAGUAUUUGUUAAAGCCCAGUAGAAAAGUCCGUUCACCCUUCGCUACAGUCUGCCACUUUGAAAUUAGAAACGAUAUCUAAACAGCGAGCACAGUUCCAAAAAGACUGCAGAAGGCAUGCGAUAAUCAGGGAUUCAGACUUGGUAAUGAGUUGUGCAAUAUCAAGAAAAGAAAGUGUUGUCUUGCCGUUCAUUGAUGUUUACAUUUUAAUGCCUGAUUUUCAUUUCCAGUUUAAAACGAAAUYUUGUUAAGACUAAAAUCAUUGUGUCCUCUCGGUUCAUGUUGCUAAAUCACACCCAGUGUUGACAUCAAUUUUAAUAUGUCUGGUGAGCAAAGAGCUGGAAGAUGGCGUUGGGAAAAGUAAGAAAAUUGUUCAGUUGARGUAAUUUACAGAGGUGUACCAGGUGCAGUUGUUUGUAGCAUCGAAUGCUGGUAAAUACGAUUUUUUUCUUCCCUUUUUUUUCUCUUUUUGAAAUUGUAUUUAAUUUUAUUUUUAUAAAUUAGGUGCACAGAUAAUUUAUUUCUAGUUUGGAAGAGAUGGUUUCCCACCAGCCACUUUAUUUACAGUUGCAGUACGUGCCAGCUACAACACAUCUGCAGGAUUAACGCCGUACAAUAUGUAGGAAUGUGUGAGUAUUUUACGUGUUUGGUUUACCUGCGAGUCCACGUGUGAAGGGCAGGCCUGGUGUCACCUUAAAACCCAGUUCUGACGACGCCUCUGUUCAAUGAAUGUCCACUGUGGAGGGUUUGUGGACAAACAGAAGUAUUUACUCUGUUCCUAUUUAAUAAGAUGAAAAUCUGCCUUUAAAAUAUGAAAUGUUAUAUGUUGCAAUGUGAAGAGUAAAUUAAACAGCUACAAUGACAUGUAUCAUGUAAGACCGGCUUUCUUCUCUGCUCUUUGAAAUCUGUGUAAAAUGCUGCUUUGUUAUACCUGAAAAGACCUUUGAGGUGUGUUUUAGUUUAAUAAAAGAAGACAAAGGUGUUAACAGUUCACUGCUCUGGUUAGCAAACCUCUUGUAUCAAACAUAUUGAAGCAAAUAUAUUGUUGGCAACAGUACAAGCUAAAAGUUUUUAUUUUUAGGAGAGUUCAGAUAUUUUUUGGAGUGUUAUUUAAUUUUUUAGGCUUGUUCCAUUCUCCCUUUUAUCAGCUGAAGUUUCUCUUUGCAGCUUGUAGUAUUUGAGAUCAUAAUUGUAGAACCUUUUAGACCCAAGGCAGGUGCUUCRUUGCCUCUUGCUAUUCCUCGCUCUCAAGAUUAGGAACCCCUGGGAACCAGUUUUGUGUCUGGGACCAUGGAUGCACAGUCAGUGCCUUCAUUGCUCAGCUGUAAAACCUUAAUUGACAAGGCAGACAUAUGAGAAUGACUUAAUGCUUAUCAUGCAAUAUAUUAAUUUGUCAUAAAUAUGUAAUAAUAUACAACUUCUGAAUCUUAUUCUCUCAAAUUAUCUGAAAUGUUCCAAAUAUUAAUUAAAAAAGAUACAUGUUGCAUGUUUCUAAACUUGUUGGAAUACUUUUGUUUUGUACAAAAAUAACUUGUCACAUGCAAUUAAAUUAUUUAAUGACAUGUAGGUCCACAUGAACUGCAUAACUAAUUACACUAAAAAAUUUGUCUCUGUUGAAUCCAGUUUCUAAAUAAAACAGCUGUUUGAGUA